AUGAUCGGCGAUUGCAUAAACGUCGCCGCCAAAUGCGUCCCCUGCCAAAGAUACGCACCGGCAGUCAACGCCCCAACGCAAGCACUUCAAGCUGCAAUCCCGGCAUACCCCUUUAUGCGCUGGGGAAUGGAUAUCGUCGGCCCUAUGCCACGCUCGCGGCAAUGCGCUUACCUCCUGGUCGUCACCGACUACUUUACUAAGUGGGUAGAAGCAAAAGCAUACAAAAACCCAACGGCUCAUGACGUGACAAACUUUGUGUGGCAGUAUAUCAUAUGCCGUCACGGUCUUCCUUAUGACAAUUCGUCGCAACGACUUUCCGAGAAUUUUGCGCAUCAUGGAACAUCAAGCUCGCUUACUCCACGCCAAGAUAUCCUCAAGCUAAUGGACAAGCCGAGUCCACAAACAAAACUAUUGUUGAUGGAUUGA